UUUCUAAUAUUUACUCAACAAAAUUUGAUAGCUUUCAUUUUUAUUCGGUUCUACACUUCUACGUCUUACAAAGAACAGAGAAAAGAGAGAGACAUGGUAAGCAAUGGAUCUAACCUGAUCUGAUGAUGAUAAAGUGGCGGAUUCCAACGUAAAGAACAACACUAGAUUUAAGGAAUAGGUUUGAGGUCCAUGUGUCUUUCUUUUUCUUUGGUUACAAUUUCCAACACCGAACCACACGUCAAAUAUCUGUACUGUCUAGUCUCUCACAUAGUGGCUUGAGUUCAAGUCUUAAUAAGAGAACGAGCGAGAGAAAAAGGAAAGUCGAGCAAAAAAUAUAAUAAUAAUAAAGAGUAAAGGAACAUGGGAAAAUCCACUUCCUGUUUCAAAAUCAUCACUUGCGGCGGCGAUUUUGCUGAGAACAACGACGUUAUUCAUGUUCCUGAGCCUGAGAUUAAGAAAUCAAAUGACAAAAAGGGAUGGAGUUUUAGAAAGAGAUCUGAACGGCAUCGGGUGCUUAGCAACACUGUUAUACAAGAAGCUACUUCUGGACAUAAGGAAAGUCCGGAAUCUUCCGGUUUUAAUUUUCAACAGCCUGAUGCGUCCAUUAUUCCUGAGGAAACCUCCACCAUUGAAUACAGUGAAGAGAAACCUCAGGCGCUGACACCAAAGGAGCACAUUGAAGAAGAAUCUAAGUGUGUGGCAUCAAAAGGAUACACUGAAGAAAAAUCUCAGUUAUUGAUUCCGGAGGACUCAAAAGUUCCUGAACCCGUUGCCACCGCAACAAAUGAGGCUGAAGAUGAUGCCAACCUGGGUGAAUCUGUUGUUGUCAUCAUCCAGACAGCUAUCAGAGGGUUUUUGGCACAUAAAGAGCUAGGAAAGCUUAAGAAUUUAGUAAAGUUGCAAGCUGCCGUACGUGGGCACUUGGUCCGAAGGCAUGCUCUGGGGACCUUACGGUGCAUUCAAGCCAUUGUCAAAAUGCAAGUUCUUGUUCGUGCUCGUCUCUCUCAAGAAGGGCCUUACGAUGAAAAGAAGCAGGAUGGCAAGCACUGCGGCGAGAAUCAAAGUUUGCAGGAAAGGUCAGCAAUAAAACAAAAUGCGACUUACACUUCCAUAGAGAACCUGCUUAGCAAUAGGUUUGCUCGUAAGCUGAUGGAUUCAACCCAAAAGACCAAACCUAUCCGCAUCAAGUGCGAUCCAUCAAAACCAAACUCUGCUUGGAGCUGGUUGGAGAGGUGGAUGUCUGUGUCAUUGUCUAAAAGGCCAUCGACAACAGAGUUAUCCAUAGAACAACCAGAAAGAGAGAAAAGUGACAAUUGUGACUUUCAAGUUACUACUACAGUUCCUGAAUCGUUUCCUGAGUCAAAUGAGCCAAAGUUAUAUGUAAGGGAGACAUUGGUUUCAUCAGAGAGUGAAGAGAAUUUGAUCGCCCAUGAUGCAGCCAACUCUAAGUUCGAGGCAUGCCAGACAACUUCCUCUACAGUAAUGGAUGAUUUGGAGCAACCUCAGAUUGACAACAGUACAUCUGACAUAAAAGAGGGUGAAGAGAAUCUGAUUACCUACUAUGCAACUGACUUUAAGUUCGAGGCAUGCCAGCCAACAUCCUCUUUAAUGGAUCAUUUGGAGAAACCUCAGAUUGACAACAGUACAUCUGACAUAAAAGAGGGUGAGGAGAAUCUGAUUACCUACGAUGCAGCCGACUUUAAGUUUGAGGCAUGCCAGCCAACUUCCUCUUCAUUAAUGGAUGAUUUGGAGCAACCUCCGAUUGACAACAGUGCAUCUGACCUAAAACAGACCUCUCAGGAGACAAACUCGCAAGAUCAAAUGAUGCAAAGAGAAGCACAUUCUGAAACGGAGGUCAGUUGUCUUUCUAGCAAGCCAGAAAUAGAGAGUGAGCAACCCAAACGUACUACGAAAAGAUUUGCGUCUGAACAACUCGAAACAGAGGCAAAGAAAUUUGUAUUUAAAUCUAGGAAGGGAAGUAAUCCUGCAUUUAUUGCUGCACAAACAAAAUUUGAGGAGUUGAGUUCAACAGCCUAUUCAAGUAGAUCAGUGGAUUCAUCCCACCAAGAUGUUGGAGUUGAAUCAAACUUGGAUACUGUGUCAUCUGGGGCAGAUACGAGCAGGUCGAAAGAACCAAGCAUCACGGAAAAUGCAGUUCUCAAUAAUAGGAGGGGUCAAUAUGGUGACUCUGAAUGUGGGACUGCAGUUUCUAUUACUUCCACUCUUGAUUCACCUGAUAAAUCAGAAGUUGGAACCAUAGAGUACGAACAUGGAGCCAAAGUUUCUGAGCUAGAAAAUUGCAGUUCUAACAGUAUUAAUGAUUUGGAUGUUAAAGAAAACCAUGCAAGUGCAAUCACAAUGCCUGAUUCUUCUCUAUCUAUUGCUGAGCAGCCCAAGAAACUUGAUGAUGCUAAAGGUGAAUCUGUGAGUUUAAUUGUUGCAGACUCCCCUCAAAUAGGGCAGGAGCCACUGGAAGGCACAUCUGAUCUGCAGAGAGAACUUGAUUCUGAGACUGGUAAUCAAGCAUACGGGUUAUCCCCAGAAGCAUCGCCUGGGAGCCAAAUGAUUGUACCAGCAUCUCAAGGAACACCUUCUAGUGAGGUAUCAGUGAAAGCUAAAAAGAAAAGAACGGACAAGAGCAGUCAAAAGCGCAAGUCCUUGUCUGCUGAUAAGAGUUCUCCGUCAACUCCAGCUCAUGAUAGUGCAGCAAGAACUAGCACUGAACAAUUGCCCAAAGAUCAGAAAAAUGGAAAAAUACGCAAUUCUCUUGGUUCAAAAAGACCUGAGAACAUAGAUGACGAGCCAAGAGAUAGUGACAACAGUACUUCUCUUCCCCAUUUCAUGCAAGCCACGGAAUCUGCAAGAGCUAAGGUUAAUGCAAAGAACUCACCAAGAUCAAGUCCAGAUGUGCAAGACAGAGACAUUUACAUCAAGAAGAGACAUCCCUUACCUGCUGCUAAUGGGAGGCAGGGUUCUCCAAGAAUCACGCGAUCAGUGGCUAAAGCCCAGCAGGGUGCAAAAGAAAAUGGUAGUACCAAUCCUAUUCAUGAGAAAUGGCAAAGGUGACGGGUUACUCGGAGCAACAAUAUGCCAUGGAACCUUUUCAACCUCUCUGAUGGAGAACGGCUGAUUGUUGGUCUUACUAUCUAGUUUUAUGCCUCAGCAUUUUCACCACUUAGGUUGAUUCAUGCAUGCCAUCUAUGGUUUGUCGUGGGAGUAGAUCUAUAUAGAAAGGAGUAACAUUUUAUUGUAUAUUACUGAUACCCAAACCAUUGAUAUUACUAUCACUCUUAUUUGUUUCUAAGCUUCCCGUUUGGGAGGUCUGCCCGUGCGUUUUGUUACAUGGUGUUUGGUGUGAUUUUAUUCGGAUUUGCCCCGGCAUGUUUUUGGGAUGUUAUUCGGAGUUUGAGACAAUGACAUUGUAAAGCGGAGAGCUUUGAUCCAUCUUUCCCGUAAUAACUAUUUCUCUUUCUUUUU